AUGGGCAAUCAUUCAGUGGACAUAAUGGCUGUCAACGAAACCUGGUUGCGCAAAGGUGAAGAUGACCGGGCGCCUAGUGUACCUGGUUAUAAACUCAAGCACAUCCCGCGACCAUUGUCUAUACGCGGGGGACGCGGCGGAGGGGUCGCCUUUUAUAUCAGAAAUGGAAUACCUGCACGUGUCAGAGCACACCCUGAACACCCUAAUGUCGAACAGCUAUGGUUAACUCUCACCGUAAAUAAAAACAAACUUCUCAUUGGCACGGCAUAUCGCCCACCAUGGUUGGAGCUGGAGACUUUUCUCGACGGACUGACAUCAAGUAUUGGUAGUCUGGCCCCUUUCGAUAAUCUAAUACUAUUAGGAGACUUCAAUGUCAAUAUGUUGGACGUUAGUAACUCGAAAUCCAGACAACUUGCAGAUUUUCUCAGUUAUCUCAACUUGACUCAAGUGGUCACAACUCCCACGCACUUAAUAGGCAAUAGUAGCUCGCUCAUUGACGUAAUCUGCACUGAUGCUCCAAUCCGCAAUGUUGAGGUGAAUCAUAUAAGUGAGCUUAGCCAUCAUGCAUUUAUCACUUGCGAGUCGGUCUUCAAGAAACCUAAAUGCCGACCUAGAUCAGUGGUUUAUCGCCCUCUCAAGGACAUUCUGCAGGAUUACUUCGACAGCGAUUUAAAAAGUAUACCUUGGUCUACAGUGAGUGACAUGAAAGAUGUUGAUUCAAUGGUGCAAACUUUCAACUCAUUUGUUAUUCAAUUGUUCGACCUCCAUGCUCCCACUAUAUGUAGAACUUUUAGAUCCCGUCCCACUCCAUGGAUCACUGAUAACAUCAGAUUAAUAUCGAAGCUGAGAGAUGAGGCCAGGGACAAAUUUCGUAAUUCAAAGCUACCUGAACAUAAGACUAAUUACCUGGACCUUAAGCAUCUAGCCAUCACGGCACUGGCUAACGAGAAGACCGCUUAUUUCGCUAGUAGCAUUAAUAAUAAUAUCAGGGACCCUAAAUUGUUAUGGCGCAAUUUAAAAGCAGAUAUGUUGCCUGACCACAAACAUAGACUUCUACCGGAAUACUUUGAUAACCCGGACGAAAUCAAUGCGGCGUUUCUAGAUGUUCCCGGUGAUUGUAGUCUUAAUGAUUCGCAGUCAUAUUUCUUUGAGUCGCAUAGGUUCAGCGAUGCUACUUUCACCUUGACAGCAACCACUUCCGAAGCAAUCCUCAAGAUAAUUAGAAGCCUAGGGUCUAACGCACAGGGAGUUGAUGGCAUCAGUCUCGACAUGAUAAACCUCACAUUACCAACUACCUUGCAAGCCAUCACAGAUAUCAUAAAUUGUUCAAUCAUUACACACACAUUCCCUGAACUCUGGCGAUGCGCUAUUGUGCGACCGAUCCCUAAAAUUAACAACCCAAAUAACACAAAGGACCUAAGGCCAAUCAGUAUACUGCCCUGCCUUUCUAAGAUACUGGAACGCGUAGUGCACUCGCAGAGAUGCAAAGAGAGGAUGGGUCCAGAGUAUCAUCCUCCCCCCUAA